AUGUCAGCCGCGUACCCGGGCCGUGGCGGCGCGGCAGACGUUGCGAUCGCCGUGGAGCCCCUCGGGCGCGCCGCCCGCCGCCUCGGGCGGGCGCUGGCGCACCCGGCGUGCGCGGAGGGGUGCGCUGCCGGAGGCGGCGUGUUCGCUCUCGCGGGGGCCGCGCGCGCCCUCGCGGAGCUGGCCGCGGACCUCGGCGAGGCGGGGGCCCUGCUCGGCUCCGUGGUCGACUCCUGCGCGGAGUUGGCGCUCGCGUGCGCCGCCUGCGGUGCCACGGCGCCGCUGGCGCGCCACUUUCAAGGGAGGGCCCUGAGAGAGGUCAUGCCUCUCGCACUGGUCGCGCUCAUCAUGGGCACAAUCUAUUUUGGGUACAUCGGGUGCUGCGUGCCGUUGUUGGGUACUGGCCUCUCGGGCAGCGCACCUGUCGCCUUCAACGUGGCCAUCGCCCUGUCUGCGUGGGCGUACCACCAGAGCGUCGUGGUGGAUCCAGGCGGUAUUCCAGAGUCGUGGCGGGAAGCUCCAGGGGUGUUCGAGCAGGUUCAAUACAAGCUGCUUGAGAGGAAAAAGAGCUGUGAGUCUGUACGUUUUUGCAGCAAAGAGCACAAGUACAAGCCAGACAGAUCACAUUAUUGCAGGCCUCUUGGGCGGAACGUUCUGCGAAUGGACCAUUAUUGCCCAUGGGUCGUCAAUUGCAUCGGCCACUUCAACUAUAAAUUCUUCGUGCAGUUCCUCCUCUAUACGGUCUUGGCCAAUGGUAUCGCUCUUUACGCCUUGAUCCCGACUCUGUAUGUACAGACUUUCCCUGCAGGCAGCACAGCCUUUAUGUUUGGUUGUGCGGGGCUGUCCGGCUUGCUGACAGUGCUGCUGGCACCGUUCUUGUGUUUCCACUUGUGGCUCCUGGGGAAGAACCUGACUACCAUUGAGUUUUGCGAGCAGAUGAGGGACUCCGAGUUGUUCGCUUCGCCUUAUGAUUUGGGCAUACUCGCCAAUAUGCAAAGCGUGUUCGGCAGUAAUCCAUUGUUGUGGUUUCUACCUCUUGGCUGUCCUCUCGGAGAUGGUCUGUCGUGGGCUCGCGGGCCACUGCAUGAUGCUGAGCGCCGCCAUGCCUAG